GCGGGAGCAGCCGCGAGCGCCCCCUCCCGGCGGCCCGGAGCCACUGGCUCCUCCCGGGCCGCGGAGGCGCUCGGUUAUUAACGACCGCCGAGCUGGCAGCUCCGUGUCAGCGCGACAGCUGAUGGGGUGAGCGCUGCGCCACUAGCCGGCCGCCCGCCAUGGAGACGGCGAGCAGGCCCGCGGGCCCCGGGGACCGGUGCUCCCGGCGCGGGGAGCCCCAGCCGGCCGACUGAGCGCGGCUCCGGGACGGGCGAGGCCGUCCGAGCGGCGGCGGCGGCCCGCCUCCCUUCCCUUCCCAGCGCGGAGCGCGGAGCUGGAGGCUGGCGUGUGUGGGCGCGCGUGCACACCUACGGCACAUGCCUGUGUGUACUCGAUCACACACACACGCGCGCACCUCUUCACGCCCGGCAGGAGCACGGCCAUGUGAUCCCCGCGGCUCGGGAGCCAGGCGACCCACACGCAGGGGCGCCGGGGUGCCGCCGCGCUCGCCGCGCCCGCCGCUUCGCGAGCGUCACGCUGCUCUUCCUGCAAGGACGGCACUGGCACGGGACUUGAACAUGACACUCCUAAAUACGUGAGUUGCUCGACUUCCUGUGACCACCUGUCCACACUGCGUCGUCAAAGCGCGUCUCAGACUCCUCCCACAGAGGCGGCAGUGACUGGCGGUUGUCCAACAUGUAUGACGUUUCCAGACGGGGCAACUGGGGUGCCGGCACACGGUCCCAUGACAGAAGACACCGCGGGUCUAUGGCGUUCACCGUGUGACCCGUGCCGCCACGCUCCCUGCCGGUUGGCGCUCGCUGAACUUCCCAGCAGUGACUGCGGAAUCCUUCUGGGCCCGUGACAUCGCCGAAGAGGGAAGCUAAGAUGAAGGACACGCCACUCCGCAUGCACGUGCUACUCGGCCUAGCGAUCACGACACUGGUGCGAGCCGUAGACAAGAGAGCGGAUUGCCCGCAGCUAUGCACGUGUGAGGUCAGGCCCUGGUUUACGCCCCGGUCCAUCUACAUGGACGCCUCCACGGUGGACUGUAACGAUUUAGGUCUUUUCAGUGUCCCAGCCGGGCUGCCUGCCGACACACAGAUCCUGCUCCUGCAGACUAACAACAUCGCCAAAAUCGAACACGCCAUAGACUUUCCCGUGAACCUUACCGGCCUGGACUUAUCGCAAAACAAUUUAUCUUCGGUCGCCAAUCUUAACAUCAGGAAGAUGCCACGGCUGCUCUCCGUGUACCUGGAGGAAAACCAGCUCACGGAGCUGCCUGACAGAUGCCUGUCCGGGCUGAGCCACUUACAGGAACUCUACAUGAAUCACAACCUGCUCUCCGCCAUCUCGCCGGGGGCCUUCAUCGGCCUGCAGAGUCUUCUGCGGCUUCAUCUCAAUGCAAAUCGACUGCAGAUGAUCGACAGCCAGUGGUUUGACGCUCUUCCCAAUCUGGAGAUUCUGAUGAUUGGGGAGAACCCGAUCGUCAGAAUCAAAGACAUGAACUUUAAGCCGCUUGUCAAUCUCCGCAGCCUGGUGAUAGCCGGUAUCAACCUCACGGAAAUGCCGGACGAUGCCUUGGUGGGGCUUGACAACUUAGAGAGCAUCUCUUUCUACGACAACAGGCUUAGGAAAGUGCCCCGAGUGGCUCUUCAGAAAGUCGCAAACCUCAAAUUUUUGGAUCUCAAUAAGAACCCCAUUCAUCGGAUCCGGAGGGGCGAUUUGAGCAACAUGCUGCACCUGAAGGAGGUGGGCAUCAAUAACAUGCCCGAGCUGGUUUCCAUCGACAGCCUGGCCGUGGACAACUUGCCGGAUUUAAGGAAAAUAGAAGCGACCAACAACCCCAGGCUGUCUUACAUCCACCCCAAUGCCUUCUUCAGGCUGCCCAAGCUGGAGUCCCUCAUGCUGAACAGCAACGCCCUCAGCGCCCUGUACCACGGCACGGUCGAGGCCCUGCCCAGCCUCAAGGAGAUCAGCAUACACAGCAAUCCCAUCAGGUGCGACUGCGUCAUCCGCUGGAUCAACAUGAACAAAACCAACGUCCGAUUCAUGGAGCCGGAGUCGCUGUUCUGCGUGGGCCCUCCCGAAUUCCAAGGCCAAAACGUCCGGCAGGUGCACUUCCGGGAAAUGAUGGAAAUCUGCCUCCCUCUUAUAGGGCCCGAGAGCUUUCCUUCCAACCUGGACUUGGAAGCCGGGAGCUACAUCUCCUUACACUGCAGAGCUACCGCGGAGCCACAGCCCGAGAUCUACUGGGUGACACCGGCUGGCCAGAAACUCUUGCCUAACACGCUGGUGGACAAGUUCUACGUCCAUUCUGAAGGCACCCUAGAUAUCAGCGGUAUAACCCUGGCAGAAGGGGGGUUAUACACUUGCAUAGCAACUAAUCUGGUGGGUGCUGACUUAAAGUCCGUUAUGAUCAAAGUGGAUGGCUCUUUUCCCCAGGAUAACAAUGGAUCCUUGAACAUUAAGAUCCAAGAUGUCCAGGCCAAUUCAGUCCUGGUGUCUUGGAAGGCAAGUUCUAAGAUUCUCAAAUCCAGCGUGAAGUGGACAGCCUUUGUCCAGACGGACAAUUCUCAUGCCGCCCAAAGUGCUCGGAUACCUUCCGACGUCAAGGUUUAUAAUCUCACCCAUCUGAACCCAUCGACUGAGUAUAACAUUUGUAUCGAUGUCCCCACCGUCUAUCAGAAACACAGGAAACAGUGCGUUAAUGUCACCACAAAGGGGUUGGACCCUGAUCAAAAAGAGUAUGAAAAAAAUGGCAUCAUAACAUUGAUUGUCUGCCUUGCAGGCUUUCUGGGGAUUAUCAGCAUGACAGGCCUCUGCAGCUGGCUCUCUCAUAAAAUGAACUGUGAUGUUGGACAAAACUACGCGAGGAGUUACUUACAGAAACCAACCAUCACGUUCAGUGAGCUUUACCCUCCUCUCAUUGACCUCUGGGAAGCAGGCAAAGAAAAAAGUACAGCAUUGGAAGUGAAAGCAACUGUUAUAGGUGUGCCAGCAGAUGUAUCUUAAAAAUACCUGACUAAAUCUACUUCAAAGAGAAGCUCGAGAGUGUAGUUGUGCUUGGGGGAAAAAAAAGCAUAGAAAUAUUACUUUCUAGAAGAAAGUUUAAGCUUCACCGAUGCUGCUCCUGACCGAUGGAAAUUGUACAAGUUCAGCAUUUUAAUUCACCGGCUUCAAAGGGUACUGUGGCAACCAAAUAAGAUAAUUCCACUUUCUUGAACUCUCAUGUAACUUUUAUGUCUGGACUGCAGUUACAGUGGACAACAACAUUUCCGUGUUUUUUUUAAGUAUGUAAGAGUAGUGGAACUGAGCGAUACCUCCUCCCGUGUUGUAUUACACAUGUUAGCCACGAGUUUCCGCAGUGACCGGAUAAACUUGAAUUGACACGUGGUGUAAUAAAAUGGACAGACUCUGUAGACUAGACACAGUGAGUAUGUGGACCUCUUUUAUAAGAAAAAAUACAUUUUGGAUUAAAAUCAAUUGCUUUUGUCUUGUUUUUUUUUUGUUUUUAAAUAAAGAAUAAUUUCUGGGAAAUGUCAUCUGACCAGGUAUCAUUUAAAUGACAUUUUUUUUUAAAAAGUGUUUUUCUAUAAUGACAUUUGAAAUGCUAGGAGUAACACUCUUUUACUGGGUUCUGUAACUACCUUUUUAUAAUACACAAAAAUGGACUGAGAGGCACUUUAUCAAUAUUGAAAGGCAAUCAUCACAUUUAUUUAACCCUUUCACUAGUGAUGAAAAGAAACCCCCCAGCAAAUUAUGUAUUCGUUUAAAGGUUUUCUUUUCUUAACAAGAAGCUUUUGUGGUGGGUUUAAUCAUUAAGUUCACAUAAUGUAAAUCAAUAUCCGAGGAACUGAAAGCCUUAUUUUGAUAAUUAGUAGUAACUCAAAUUUAAGAUGCUUGCUUUGCAGAAAAUAUUGCCAAAUUUUGGCAGGACUUCAGAUCUGGGUGUAACCUUCAAAUCUUUCUAUGAUUCUAAACACUCAAUGCACUUUACUUCAAUAAUAAGCAAGUAAUCCAAUAAUGUUCUGUGUUGCAAACAUAGCAAUGAGACAUGUUCUACAAAAUCCCAAAAGAAGGACAUUUAUAUGCUUAUAUCGCAACUAACCUUAGAAGUACUGACUUGAUGUCUGAUCAAAGUAGAUGGUCCUUUUACCCCAGAAUAACAAUGAUUUUUUUUUUAAUUUUAGAAGACUGGGAUUUUUCAAGACUAAAAUCUGAGAAUUUUCCUUCAAAACCUAUUGAGAAUUCAUAGUAGAAGUUUAUAGGCUCCAUCUUAUGAAAUUCUCCCUUUUAUUUACUUCACCCCAAUAUAAAAAAGGCAUGAGCCAGAUAAUUCCAGAGUUCAACAGAAAUUUAAGAGGAUGACCUUCUUAAUGAAAGGAAAAUCCCAGAAAAAUUCAAAGUAAAAAAAAAUUAAGUGCAGCUGUCUAUGACUCCAUUCAAGGCGCCUAAAAACACAGCUU